UGGUUGAUUGGGUCUGAGAGAGGAGAGGUUCGCGGAGUUAUUCAUAUAAAUAUCCCCUUCUCCCAUUGAAGAUUUCACUUCACGGGUAUCUCUCUGCCUUCUCGGAACCUCAGUCCUCACUCAGCUUCAAGCUCUAUCUCUCUCUCUCUCUCUCUCUCUCUGCCGAUCGAUCUGGACUAGACGGGAUGAGUUCCAAAAGUCCAAAUGAGGACUGUCUGGGAUGGGCCGCGAGAGAUCCAUCUGGAUUUCUAUCACCUUAUAAGUUCAGCCGAAGGGUUGUUGGAAGUGACGAUAUUUCGCUAAAUAUCACACAUUGUGGAGUUUGUUAUGCUGAUGUUAAAUGGACUAGGAAUGAACUUGGACACUCAAAGUAUCCUUUAGUGCCUGGACAUGAGAUUGCUGGAAUUGUUAGAGAGGUUGGCUCCAAUGUUCAGCGCUUCAAAGUUGGUGACCAUGUUGCCGUGGGAACUUAUGUUAACUCAUGUAGAGAAUGUGAGUAUUGUGAUGAUGGGCUAGAAGUUCAUUGCUCAAAGGGUGCAGUCCUUACUUUUGACGGUAUUGAUGCGGAUGGUACUAUCACUAAGGGAGGAUAUUCCAGUUAUAUUGUUGUUCAUGAAAGAUACUGCUUCAGAAUACCUGAGAAUUAUCCACCCGCUUUAGCGGCACCUUUGCUAUGUGCCGGAAUUACUGUCUACACUCCCAUGAUGCGCCAUAACAUGAACCAACCAGGUAAGUCUCUAGGGGUGAUUGGGCUUGGUGGUCUUGGUCAUUUGGCAGUGAAGUUCGGGAAGGCUUUUGGAUUGAAUGUAACAGUUCUCAGCACAAGUAUAUCCAAGAAAGAGGAAUCCCUCAAGCUGCUUGGAGCAGACAAAUUUGUGCUCACGUCUGAUGAACAGCAGAUGACGGCUCUGGCAAAGUCUCUUGAUUUCAUAAUUAACACUGCAUCCGGCGAUAUCCCAUUUGAUCCAUACAUGUCGCUGUUGAAGACUGCUGGUAUUUUUGUCUUGGUGGGGUUCCCUAGUGUAGUGAAAUUCAGUCCAGCAAGCCUUAUAUUGGGUAUGAAAACCAUUUCUGGGAGUGUAACAGGUGGUACGAAACUGACACAAGAAUUGUUGGACUUCUGUGCUGCCAGAAAAAUUUACCCAGAGAUAGAAGUUAUUCCAAUUCAGUAUGCAAAUGAAGCUCUUGAGAGGCUAAUAAAGAGGGAUGUGAAGUAUCGGUUUGUGAUUGAUAUUGAGAACUCCCUCAAGUGAAAUCAUAGAAGGAAAAAGUGUCCUUUCCUUUCCAAUAUACACAUCAAUCAGUUUAUGUGAAUUCAAGUCAGAAUGUGCAGCAGAUAAUAUUUAGCAAUCCUCAGCAUUUCACUUCUACCGAAGAGUGUUUAGGAACAAACCUUGGUAUCUUGUAUCCAGUUAUUGUUAUCAAUAAAUAUCUGCUUUGUCAAGUGAAGGAAGUGGUUUCUUUCCGAAUUAUCUGUCAAUUUGACUGAAGAAAAUCUGAAGAGUUUAUUUUUUUUUUUUCUUGUGGUUGGCUUCUGAGUGUAAUGUUGUCUACAAUAAUCUAUGUUAUUUCAUGCUAAUGUAACUUUACAGAGCUAUGUGGUUUAAAUUAUCACGGGAGGUUUAGUUAGCCAUAA